GCGUAUUAAAAACGUCUUUUUUUUCACAGGUGGUUUUACGCAGCCUUUUGUGCCAUAUUUGGGAUGUAUGAAAAGUCCCCGCGUUUGUUUUGGGACUAAAUCUAACAGAGGACUUGGAGCUGGGGGGACUGGUGACUUUUAAUCAUGACUUUUGCCAUGCUGCGGCCCGUGGCGACGCACUUAAUCUAUUCAGACUUCGCUCUCAUGUCCGAGGAUGAUGAAAACCGCAGCGAAAGCGACGGCAGCUCGGAGCAGAGUUACUGCGACUCCAGCGAGAAGCGCAGGAGGAUUUCACGCAAACUGGAAGGAGAAUCCGCUGUGGUCAUGAAGCAGAGGAGCGCCGCUAACGCCAGGGAGAGAGGCAGGACCCAGAGUGUCAACACCGCGUUCACAGCUCUCCGGACUCUCAUACCCACCGAGCCGGUGGACAGAAAGCUCUCCAAGAUUGAAACUCUUCGCCUGGCGUCUAGCUACAUUUCCCAUCUGGCCAACGUGCUUCUCAUUGGAGACGGCUGCGUCGACGGACAGCCGUGCCUCGGCGCGGUGCAUGUGCAAGGAGAGAGCGGGGCGAAGCAGCCGCGGACCAUCUGCACCUUCUGCUUGAGCAACCAGAGAAAAGGGAUAAAAGAUGGAAAAGACUGUUUAAAAAUGAGAGGGCUGGGUCCACUGCGAAUGAGACGCUGACUGAAGACCAGCG